UCAAACCGGAGUCGCCAAUUUAGUCUGUUAGAAGCUUUGCGAAACUUUUCUUAUUUUUUAGGGUUGCUUUUCCUUUCCAACUCUAAGAAGCAAAUCUGCCAUUAGGAAUACAAUCCUUGAAGAAAAAUUUGUGCUAAAGAGACAUAGACAUGGCUGGUGGUGUAGAUAGAAUCAGCAACCUUCCAUUGGAGAUCCUGGAGCACAUAUUUUUCUUCAUCGGGGUGAGGCAAGCCGUGCAGCUGAGCGUCCUGUCUUCGAGAUGGAAGGAUCUGUGGAAGUCCAUGCCCGAUCUCUACUUCGAUGCAAGGGACUUCCCUCCGACCGGCGACCAAAACUGGCGCCUUUUCUGUCUCGCGCGCAGGGUCCUGGGGCUCCAAACUUGGAGAGUACGGAAGCUUCGCGUUGUGAUUUGGGAGAACAGGCAUCAAUCGAUUCCAAUAUCUGCGUCCCGGUGGUUCAAUUUUGCAGCGCAGUACCACGCCGAUGAGCACUCCCUGUCCUGUCUUCCAUACUCGUCCUCAUCACCCAUAUCACGGUUCCUUGGUGAAUGUCCUACCAUUAUCAUCUUUGGCAUGCUGCGGAGUCUCUCUAUUUCCUCGAUACAUGAACCUCUUACUGCAUUCGAACCACCUUCUGAUGCUUGUCCAUUGCUUGAAAAGCUUUCCAUCGUCGGCUGCAGUUUUGAUUCUAUCAAUAUCGCCUUUAGCAGAUUGAAGGAGUUGACGUUGCACGAUUGCAGUGUCUUUGGAGGCCUCCGUGUUGCCACUCCAAGUCUCGAAUCGUUUGAUUACAGACAUGGUGUUUCUCCUGUUUGCGAGUUGGAGGACCAGCCUUCUCUUAGACAUGCUUCGAUUGAGAUCCACCGUGGAAACUGGAGUUGUGAUGCUUUGGUUGGAGUCCUCCGAGCGAUUCAAAAUGCUACUUCCAUAAAUCUGCCUUUGUGGACCCUUGAGGCUUGCUACAAACAGCAAGGUUCAUUUAGUUGCCUACCAACAUUCCAUAAUGCAAAGCAUGUGACAUUGGUAGCGAGUGGUCAAGGGAAUAUAACAACAUUGAUAAAGGAUCUGCAGCAGAAGUGGCCCAAUGUAGAGACUCUGACAAUGAGAUGAGAAGGUAAUGAACAGUUAUAUUUGCUAAAAAGUAUCAGUUAUACUCUGUUUUCUUCACUCUAGAUAGAAAUUUCUCUCAAUUGGCCUAUCUUAUCGGAGCUUCGGAUCUCCUAAAGGAGAUGGAUUUAAAGCUUUAAAGCAAGCAUGAUCACCAGUUCCCAUGUCAGCAUUUUCUUUUUCUUUUUCUCUUUUUCUCCGAUGUAGUAUACAAUAGUAUAGAGAAGACUUGUUUGUAUUUAACAAAACUUCCAUGAAUCUUUUUGCACUUUUAAUUGAUGACCAAUCAUGGCAAGUUCAAAUUAUUCGUAGAAUGUAUCUA